AUGACAUCAGAAGAGAAUAUUAAUUAUAAUUCAAAUAAUUCAAAUGAAAAUUCAGCAGAGGAUAAAAAGAGUGUUGAGGAACAUAAUAUAGACGAUAAAUCUUUAAGGGAUGAAGAUAAUAAAUCUAUAAAGGAAGAUACUAAUAAUAAUAAUAAUAAUAGUAGUAAUAAUAACAAUAGUAUAUCUAUAAAGGGAGAUGAAGAAGAACAUGAUGAAAAAUCAUUAGGAGAAGAUAAUAAAUCAGAAAAGGAUGAUGAAUCAGAAGCAGAAAAAUUAAGAAGACUUAUAGCACCUUUAUCAAAAGAACAGUUGAUUGAUAUAUUAGCUACUUCUGCUUUAAUACAUGAAGAUAUAAGAGAAAAAUGUAAUGAGGCAGUAGCUUCUUCUCCUUCAACUAGACGUUUGAUGGUAAGAAAUAUUCCAUUCAGUACUAGGGAUGAACAAUUUUUGAAAUAUUUUGAAAGUUUUGGUGAAAUUGAAGAUGGAAUAAUAGUUAGAGAAAAAGAAGGUAGAUCAAAAGGAUAUGGUUUUGUUACAUUUAAGUAUGUGGAGUCAGUUCAGAAAUGUUUGAAGAGUAGUCAUACAUUGGAUAAUAAAGAAUUACAAGUACGUUUAGUUGCUGAUCCUUUUACUGAUCAUUAUCAAAAUAAAUUAUUUGUAAGAAACUUAUCUCAAAAAACAAAUGUAGCUACAUUACGUUCCAUUUUUGAAAAAUACGGGAAAUUAGAAGAAUGUGUUAUUAUACAUGACAAUGAAGGUAAAUCCAAAGGAUAUGGCUUUUUAACCUUUUCUUCUCCAAGAGAAGCUUUUAAAGUUAUGCAACAACCUGAACGUAUUAUAGAUAAUAGGGUAGUUUUCUUACAUUUUGCCGUUUCACAAAAUUUUAAAAAAUAUCAAAAUAAUCAAAAUUAUGUAAAAAAAAAUCAAAAUUUUAAUUAUUAUCAAAAAAAUAAUUUAAAUAACAGAAACAAUUUUGUAAGAAGAACACCAAUGUAUCAUCAUGAAAAUGAAGCUCCAAAUACAUUUAACUAUCCUGUAUCUUUUGUUCCGAAUGUUUAUACCAAUGUUCCACAUGGUUAUCAACUUAAUUACCCUGGUAAUAUAGAUUCCUUCAAUGCUUUUUAUAACAAUCCGAGAUAUUAA